CCCACUCCAUCACCUUUUCCUCUCUCCUUCUCCCCUCUAUUGUCUCAAUCCUUCCCCUAUAUAAUUACACCAUCACAUUCCAACCGACACCCAUUUUCCACACAAAUUGAACUCGUUUCACACAUACAUACAAACACUCAAGAAAACUAGAAAAUGGAGGUGGAAGUGGCCAUGCCAAUGGUGGUAGGAGACUUCAACUUUGACAGCAACUGUUCCUCUCCGUACAUCACCGCCCCUUCUAGCCCUCAACGCCUUGGAAACUUGUUCUUCAGUGCUCCCACUAGCCCCACUCGCGGUUCACCUUUCUUCCAUCAAUCCAUUCCUUCUUCUUCCUCUGUUUCCUCUGUUUCCCCUGUUUCCUCUGUUCCUUUCAAUUGGGAACAGAAACCGGUUGUCCCCAACAAACCCGACAGCAACAAUGACGGCGAUGAAUUCGAGUUCAAUUUCAACGGAAGCCUCGAAAGAGCGUCUCUCUCCGCCGCCGAUGAGCUCUUCUCCGGUGGAAAAAUCCGCCCAUUGAAGCCCCCACCACGGAUUCAGUUCAGCGAUGGACCCACUUCUCCGGCGACCCAAUCGCCGGGGAAGAAAGCAUUAUCUCACCAGAAGAGAGAUUCAGACCCUUUUGAAUCCGCCAUUGAAGAAACACACAGAGGUAGAGAAGCAGAAGGAGAGAAACGAGGCAGAGGAACUGAAAAAGCUUCAUCUAGCGGCGGCCGGAAAGGAACCAGAUCGCUGUCCCCUUUAAGGGUCUCCGACAUCGUGUGCGAGGAGUCCGAGGACAAUGAUGUUUCUUCAACCGCAAGCAAUGGGAGAUCGUUCUUGUCGUUCACGAAGGGUUACCGGAAAUGGAGGAUACGUGAUUUUCUUCUGUUCAGGAGCGCGUCGGAGGGAAGAGCCACCGACAAGGAAGCUCUGAGGAAGUACGAGGUUCUGCCGAGGAAAUCGGCGGCGACGGCGGCGGAGGAGGAUGUCAGGAACUGCAGCUUCCGGUCUACCGAGAGUUCCGGUUCGGUGUCGAAACGGCGUGGACCGGUUUCGGCCCAUGAGCUGCAUUACACUCUGAACCGGGCUGCUGCAGAGGAAAUGAAGAGGAGGACUCAGUUGCCUUACAAGCAAGGGUUGUUUGGGUGCUUGGGGUCUAACCAUGGUAUGCAUCAGAUUUCUAGGGGAAUUGGGUCUUUCACACGUUCAUGAACCAUGAUCAAGAAUUCAAGAUACUUUCUAGUUUGGAUCUUGAGUUCUUGAUCUUCUUCAAUUGUUCUGCUUUAUUUUUUUUUCUACAAUGUUUAUAAGUAUAUACACUUUUUUGUUGAUCUUUUUGAGUCUCUUUGCUCUUCUCAUUAUGGUGUUUGUGGUUGAUUAUAAGCCUCUAUACCGCAUGUCACACUUGUAACUUGUUCUUCUCAUUUUCAUGUUGUGAUGUCUAUCCGCAUGAGAGACUGAAAUAAUAAUUGUACACUUCAUCCACAAACAUGUAUGAUAGAUUUUCAACCCAGGGUUAAACAUA